AGAGGCUCGUGCCAGCUGAGCUUCAGACUGUCAGCUAAAUAGUUUACCUAACUUAAUUUGUUUACAUAUCAACCAACUUAGUUUUUGCGUGAAGUUGGAAACAUAAUGGCGUUUAACGCAUCAGUCAGGAACUUUGUACCCAUAUCAGAAUUACACCCAAACACAACGCAAGCGAAGGUAGUUGGAGUGGUCAUUGGGAAAACGGAUGCAAGAGGAUUUCCUGACAAGAAAAAUUUUGGCAGUGAGAGGUUCACUUUCAGCUUUACAAUAAAGGACUCACCGGACUACUCCAUUAAUGUGGCCUCAUGGGGCAGUGAAGACUAUAUCAAUGGGCUAUGUGGCAGCUUCAGAACAGGAGAUUGUGUUGUUAUUGAGAAUCCACUAGUUACACCCAAGGACCCUGAAAAAGAGGAACGAUAUUGUCCAGCAACGCCAAGUUUCUACAGGUUGCUGAUGACCGAAACGCACUCUCUGAUAAGACUGUGUGCAGAUGUGGAGGAGGAAAACAGACUGCUUCCCCUCCUCCAUGUGCCAGUCAAAGACCCACGAGACUUCUACACCUUGGGAGACAUCAAUGCCAAUGGUCAAAGCCUAGACGGUUUUAUCAACAUUCUGGCUGCUGUCAGAUCGACUGGGGAGCAGAAGUUCUUCACAACCUCAGAUGGGCGUAAAGGACAGCGCAUGGAGAUAAAGCUCUUUGAUGAUACAGUGAACUCUUUUCCUCUAGUUUGUUGGGAUCGUGAGACUAUUCAAUUCAUGCAGUCACUGACACCAAAAGAGACAGUGCUGUUCAUCGCUGAUGCCCGGGUGAAAUUUGACACCUUUCGUAACACCAUGACCGCCACUGCUACCACUAAAACAAUUAUCACCAUCAAUCCUGACACUCCAGAGGCCAACCAGCUCUUCAAUUUUGCGAAGGAGUUCUCUGAGUCAGGAGCCCUGGACGAGACAGACAAUCAGUUAGGAGACGACAUGCCAUUGGACUCCAUCACUGAUCUACUGACUGUGAGCCAGCUUAGGAGCAAAACCCAAGAGACUUUUGAUGCUUUUUAUGCUGUCACAUAUGCCUUCAUCUCUGCGUUGCCUUUGGACACCCCCUCCAAAGUGGUCAGAAACAGAUGUGCCAGGUGCAGGUUGCCGGUGGCUGAGGAUGUGAUGGUGUGCACCAGUUUCUCCUGUGCUGGUCAAGGCCAGGAGCUGGAGAUGUUUUCGGGCUUUGACUUACUCCUGGACAUCAGCGAUCAUACAGGCACACUACAGUCCUGCUACCUCGCUGGUACUGUGGCUGAGAAAACUCUGGGUUGCGCUGCCGAAGAAUAUGUGAAUCUCUCUGAAGUAGAACAGACAGCCUUGAAAUGGAGGUUUCUUCUGGAAAGAUGCAAGAUUUACCUGAAGGUCCAGCCAGCCCCCAAGUUCAAGAGUGGUUGGAGAAUCAGCAUCCUCUCCUGCACACUCGCUGACUCAGUGGAAGUCAAGCAAAGUUUGGAGACGGAUGCUCUGUGACUCCGCACAUCAAUUGUAGAUGUAUUUUUUUAUUUUAUAUAUUAUAUUGGUGCACUUUAUUUUACUUCUAUGUAUUUCUUGUGUAUUUUAAAAUAAUUAGUCCAUAGACUAAUGUACAGUAUGUAUUAGUGUCAUGUUGUCUAUAGACCACUUCUUUACAUUCUUGUUCAUUAUGAUAAAAUGUUAUUUGAUGUUGCAUGUCCAUGUCUUUAUUGUUGCACAAUUUUCAUAAGAAUAAUCUCUUAAUGUAAUGAAUCUAUAAUCUUGUCACGAAACAAGUCCUGUGAAAUAUGUAGAAUCUGUGAAUAAGAAUUAAUGCAAUAAA